AUGCUUCGGGAAGGUUGGGAUGUGAAGACUGUUGUUGACAGAUUCUAUGAACAGGAAGAACAUGAAGAUGAGAAAAUAUUUCACAAUACAUCGGAUUUGGCCGAUGUCCAAUGGUUUCUCCAACAAGCUCGAGAAACAGGCGACCCAUUUUGGUUAAUCAAAGCUUAUACAGCUGAAACAGGUUUCUACAAAACGGUUAACUUAGCACUGGCACGUGACGUCCAUACUUUUAGGGGUCUAUAUUGGAGAGCUUUGUUAGGCCCUUUUAGUCUUGCUGCUUGUUUUGCUGGGCAUGAGAAGCUCAAAAAAUACCGUUUUCUUGGGACGUCAUAUCGUGGAAUGAAAUUAUCACUGGGAGAUUUCGAAGAGCACUAUAAAGUUGGUAUCGAAAUAUUAAUCAAGGCGUUUACAUCGACAUCGAAACUUCGAGAUAUUGCCGAACAAUUUGCAAUAGCACCUUCUUGUGAAUCUCGAUCGCUAUCUGUUUUGUGCAUCUAUAUAAACACAGAUAAAUGUUGGGGUUAUAACGAUGAUGGAGAUUAUGCAAAGAAGAAAAGGCAACCCUUUGCACUUGAUAUUUCUUCAAUUUCUGAAUAUCCACAUGAAGAAGAAGUACUUAUUCUGCCACAUACGUCGUUUGUAAUUGAGCGCAUUGAACAUUUACCUUCAGGAUUAGUUGAAAUUGAGCUCCAUAGUAAUGACGAAUAUUGCGAUUCAUAUUCAGGUUGA